AUGGACCCAUUCUCCAUCUCAGUCGGCACCGUGUCACUACUCCAAUUGACAUUCCAACUUGGCAAGUACUUACAUGACGUCUAUAAAGUGGCUGCCACAUUCAGAGAGGAGAUUGGAUCGCUAUUGUCGGAGAUUCAAGAUCUGGAGUCGAUAAACAAAUCAAUCGAACAGUUUCACAGGGGCGAGACUCAAAUCUAUACCACAGGGCAGUCAGAGCUGUCGCAAGAAGAUAUCGAAGUCUGGCAAAACACGAUCAGAACUUUGCAAAACUGUUCAAACACUCUACACCAAUCCUUUUCCGCAAACAAAGUUGCCUCGAGCCUUCCUCUGAACAAACAUUUCGAUACACCAAAGGCAGUUUCGAGUAUUUUUACGGGUAGGAAAACGUACCUGGAUGGGCUCAAGCAAGCGUUUGACGCCUCCCAUUCAUCCUUCGACGACAGUUAUUUGCCCAAACGGUUUGUCAUAUUUGGUCUCGGUGGUUCUGGCAAGACUCAAUUCUGUUGCAACUUCUGGGGCGUAUUCACCGUUGAUGCCAGCUCUCCGGGAAAUGCCCAGCAAAGCUUCGUUACAAUUGCCAAAGCUUGCGGGACAGAUCCAAAUGAACGCGCAGCGAAGAGCUGGUUAUCGAGCAGUGAUCGACCUUGGCUACUUCUCAUCGACAACGCGGAUGAUACCAACCUAGAAAUUGAGAAGUAUUUCCCUGAUGGUGAACAAGGCUUAACGCUCAUUACGACACGGAAUCCCUCUGUCAAGAUGCACGGAACGAUCGGUCAGCGGUUCUAUCACUUUGAUCGACUAGAUCAUGACGAAGCAAACGAACUACUACUAAGAGCAGCCGACAAUCGCGAACCCCGAACGCCCACCAUAUUGCGAUUAGCGUCAGCGAUCACCAGAACACUGGGAGCCCUACCUCUAGCACUCGUCCACGCCGGCAAAGCGAUUAAAGCAAAGAUCUGUGAUUUGAGCAACUAUGUUUCCUACUACGAGCGUAGUUGGCAAUUGAUCCGCCAAAGUCAACACACAACCAGCGGAGCUGAUGAUGAUGCUGACUACAUGAAGGUCUAUGCAAGCUAUGAAUCGUAUUUCGCGGUCUGGAAGCCAUAA